AUGCCGCAGAAACAUCCGCUUGCCGGUGAGUUUAGCAGCGAAAAGGGCCACACGUUCGUCGAGCAGCUGCACAAAGUCCAGUGUGUGCUGCAGGACGUGGGCUCCAGCAUCGCCACGCCGCUCUCCUCGGCCAGGGAGGCUCACUUAAAACGAACAUCCUUCAGCGAGAAGCCCAUCCUGGAGCUGGAGCAGUGGAUUGACAGUUACACCGAGCAGCUUCCUCCGCUCAGAGCCUUCAUCUUGCCCUCAGGAGGUAAAAGCAGCGCCGCUCUCCAUUUUUCCCGAGCUGUCUGCCGCAGAGCUGAGAGGUGCGUGGUUCCUUUAGUACAAGCAGGGGAAGCAGAUCCAAACGUGGCCAAAUACUUGAACAGACUGAGCGACUACCUCUUCGUCCUGGCGCGCUACGCUGCGAUGAAGGAAGGGAAGGAAGAGAAGAUAUACGUACGGCAGGAAGAGAAGAUACACAUACGGCCUCAACCCUAA